AUGGUUUCCUUAAUUUUUCUUUUUGCUUUUUGUCAUUUUUCUUUGGAUUCUCUUCAAAUUCUCCCCCUUCUUUUUCAUCUUCGUUUCUUCUUUUUCUUUUUCUUUUUUUCCCUUCCUAUCAGCUCUGUAUCCUUUUAUUCUUUCUUUUUUUUCUUUUUUCGUUCUUUUUUUCUUUACUCUUUUUCUCUCAAUCUCUCCUCCGCGUUUAUUUGUUUAUUGUCUCUUCCUCUUCUUUCUUUCUUUAAGUUUUCUCCCCCUUCCUUUUCAUCUUCGUUUCUUCUCUUUCUUUUUUUUCCCCUUCCUAUCAGCUCUGUAUCCUUUUAUUCUUGUAUGCUGUUUACCUUCCUUCUUUGUUCUUUCUUUCUUUUUUUUUUUUUUUUUUUUUCGUUCUUUUUUCUUUACUCUUUUUCUCUCAAUCUCUCCUCCGCAUUUAUUUGUUUAUUGUCCUUUCCUCUUCUUUCUUUCUUUCUUUCUUUCUUUAACAGUUUUUUCCCUCUUCUUUUUUGUUUCCCUCCCACUUCCUUUAAUUUUUCUCAUAUUAUUUUCUUCCUCUUCCUCUCCUUGUUCUGCUUGUGCAGUUUUUUCCUCUUCCUCCUCCUUCUCUCAUUUCAUUGCCACCACAUCCUUCUUCGCUUCGAUUUUCCCAACUUUUUUUACUUUUUUUCCUAUCCGCUCCCCUUCUUUCUGUUCUUUUCUUUCAUUAUGUUCAAAUAUUUCUCUCUCCCCCUUUUCUCCUCUUCCUCCAUUUAUCCUUUUACCAUCUCUCUUCUCUCUCUUUUUCUCAUUCAUAUUUUCCUCCCAUUUCUUCUUUUUCUUCUCAUUUCAUCUUCUCCCUUAGCAUAUUUUACUUCCUCCCACUUUUUUCUCUUCCAGCCUCAACUUAAUUUUCUCCUUGAACUUGGAUACUCACUUCUUUUCCUUCUUCUCUAUUACAGUUUUUUUUUUUCUUUAUCUUCUUUCGUUUUCGUUUCUUCAUUUUGUUUCUUUCUUCUCGUUCCCCAUUUUCUUAUUCUUCUAAUCUGGGGCUUCCCCGUUUACGCAGACAGAGUCCAGAAAGGGACACUAGUUGAUUCCUCGUAUUAUCUCCCCUUAUCCCGAUACCUUCGUGCCAUCGCCUUUCUCUUCUGCAUUCCCACACUUUGCCUGUUCUUUCUUAUGAUCGCCGUUUCUCUGCUUCCGAAUAUUUUUCUUCUAUUCCUCGUUCUUAACUUUCGUGUCUUGCAGUCAGGCUUUCCAUCAUUUAUAAUGUUUCUUAGCUUUUCAUUUGAACUCCUGUUGUCUCCAUUUCUGUCUUUCCUUUUUUUCUCGUUCUGCAUUUGGUUUUUUUUUUCUCCUCUUUUUUUCUUCUUUUAUACUUUCUUUGUUUUCAUUAUGUUUUUCUUUCUCUGUCUUCUGUUGAUUUUUCAUUUACAUUUUUUUCUUUUUUUUAUCUCAAACGGGAAACAAUUGAAAUGUUCUUCUUUCCCCCCCUCUUUCAUUUGUCUUCUUACAUAUUUUCUCUUUUACUCCCUCUCUCCUUCUAUCACUCCUUCCCUUUGUCAUUCUUUCUCCCCAUAUCCUUUCCUCUUUUAUUUUAAAGAUCCUUUUGCCAAAUUCUUUUUCCCAAUUUCAUUCACUUUCUUCUUUCUUUUUCCUUCUUUCCUCCUUUUCUUCUUUCUUUCUUUUUCUCUUUUUUUUUUUUUUUUCGACUCCAUCUUUUUCGCGCGCCACAAUCUGUCCAUUUUCAUUCGCAUAUUCUUCCUCACCAGUUAUUCGGAGUGUCAGUGA